AGCCACUGUUGAUCCUUGGCAGAGUAUUGUGCCUCUGAACCCCCUUCUUCAGAGUUUCCGGCUUCUACAAAUUGUAACGUUUUCUGUGCAAAACAAACAUAAUUCGAAAUGGAUUCUAGGAAUGUAUUGCCGUACGGCAUCAGGAGCCAGCUCGAGUGUAUUUCCCGCGCGGUGCUGCUCUCACAGCCAGGUGACAUCCCUGGAUUCUUAGAGGUACAUUUAGCCCAAAUGAAACAAUCCGCAGGAGAGGAUUUGACUGAUCUUAAAGAGGUUGCCUUUCGGUAUCAAGAGCAAUGGGAGAACGACUUCCUGGUACGGAUCAGCAAACGAGGACAAAUGGGAGAAACAGCAACCGUGAGAUUGUCUACGUCGUCUGUCGCCCUUUCCAAAUCAUUAACCUUGUUUGAGGCUGAGAAUCUAUCAAUACCACUGUCAGUGCCGUAUGAAGAGAUUCCCCUAUCUGCAACCGUAGACACUUUUGGAUCAGUACCGAGAAAAAAGUCCCAACAAGCGUUGCCAGUCAAGAUUCCCAGCCAAAAGGAGACAAAGCCAGUUAAAAAGACUACAGUGGCCGUCCAGACUCAACUGCCGUACAAAGCUCCUUCACAGGGGACACAAAUAAGAGUGUGCGGUGAAUACCCAAAAGAUGAGAGGAAAGGGCUGCACGCCCUUAAACACCCCCAACCUACGCUCUCACCCAACUCCCAGAAAACCUCUCUACAAAAGAAGUCGAGGGGGAAAAAGUCCAAAAUAAUGAGUGACAGUUUCAAUUGCUCGCUGGAGGAUUGCUUGUAUCAUAAACCCAAAGAUCAGUCUGAUCAGGACAAGAAAUUGGAGGGAGUCCAAACCACCACAGUGCCAACAGUCCAUAGGUAUCGGGGUGUUAAAAAACCAGAGGUAGGGCCUGGAUCUGAGAUACGGGUCCCAUAUAGACCCAAGGGAGGAAUGAUUUUUGAUCCAGAACUCUUGCCACUGAGUCCUAAAGUAUAGUGCUGGACUAUUACGACUGUAUGCGUUUAAUGGUAUCUUCCUCAAAUUAAAUCACCUUUUCAUAUAGGUGGAUUUUUUUUUGAUCACACAAAGGAGUGAGAACAAACUCAAUGGUCUAAAGUGGAACUGCACAAAUUCGAAAGACAGAAAAAGAAUGAGUUGGAACAGUGGAAUAAAGGGAAACCAGUGCCAGUCAUGGAGUUAAAGGUUCUGUAUCGAACAACUUCGAUGGGAUUAUUGAAAUGACAAGACUUGAACUGUGUCUGGCUCAGGUCACAGAUCCACCAAAACAGAUGGAAGUUUGAGAAAAUAGUACAGGUCCCACAAUCAACAAACUUCUGCUGUCGAAGCUAGUAUGGUGUAAAAGUUUUUACAUUGGUUUGGCCAUCUUUAUGUCUGUACAAACUUGUGUAUUUUAAAUUGCAUUGUGUAGGUCAGUCGUGUCAAACAUGACAAAAAUGAUAUACUUUUGUUAAUGAAACUGCUGAAAACUUGGAAAAUAAUUGUCCUGUUUCCGCCAAUUUAGUUUAUUCUAAAUCAUGUUUUGUAUCUAACAAUGUAUUCUUGUUUUAUUACUUGUAUUACUUAAUUUCCUGAACACUAUACAAGCUACGUAUUGUAUUUUUUCAAAUAUUGAUUUUCAACGACUUUUCAAAAAAACAAUGUUGUUUUCAUCAUGUAAAAAAUAAUGUGAAUUAUCGGAUUAAGUAAGAUCUGCUUGUUCAUACUUCUUUUUGAACAUGUUGAAUUCUGUAAAUGUAUA